AAACCCUGCUCGGGCGUUCUACCUGGAGCGCAACGAGGCGCCGCUUCCGGACGCAUGCGCUCUCUCCUCGGGCUGGCUGGAGCUCUCACGUGACCUAGGAGGAGGCGAGGGAGGGUGCCGGCGUUGCCGCCGCCGCCGCGCUGCGUCUCUUCCCGGUCCUGGCCUGGCCGGCGGCGCAGAGAGGAGGAGGGGUGGGGAGGCGGAUCCAUCAUGGCGUCUAUGCAGGAUGCAGGAUAUUGGACUAGCAGCCCCUUGGUCCAACAGGGUUGCUUUUCUGUUAAGUAGAAGAGACUACAGAAAGAGCUAUUGGCUUUACAGAAUGAUCCACCACCAGGAAUGACCUUGAAUGAAAAGAGCGUACAAAAUUCAAUUACACAGUGGAUUGUUGACAUGGAAGGUGCUUCAGGAACAUUAUAUGAAGGGGAAAAAUUUCAACUGCUAUUUAAAUUCAGUAGUCGGUAUCCAUUUGACUCUCCUCAGGUCAUGUUUACUGGUGAAAAUAUUCCUAUUCAUCCUCAUGUUUAUAGCAAUGGUCAUAUCUGUUUAUCUAUUCUAACAGAAGACUGGUCUCCAGCUCUUUCGGUACAAUCAGUUUGUCUUAGCAUUAUUAGCAUGCUUUCCAGUUGCAAAGACAAGAGACGACCACCAGAUAAUUCAUUUUAUGUAAGAACGUGUAACAAGAAUCCAAAGAAAACAAAAUGGUGGUAUCAUGAUGACACUUGUUGAUGCCACCAUUCUGUGAUUCUCCUAACAGAAGAUAGUCCUACUGAGAAAAUGAGCACUUUGAGCAUUCAGUCUUUGAACUUUAACCUCUGACUGGAAGUGACAAAUAGGCAAUGAAGACUACUUCCUUUUGACUGCAUUUUUACUAGUGUGCAUUCUGGGCGCAUGUUGAUCGCUGGUUCAGUCCAUGCUACUGACAUGCUUUUCGUAGUCAUACAGUAUUAAUGCAAGUGUCGGGAAAUGUCACAAUUCCAUUUUUUAAACUUUUGGAAGAAUUCCAGGUCUUCAUGUAUUGUGCAAUAAUAUGAAUUUCUUGACGGUUUUGGUGUAUCCAUUGCCGGCAAAAGAUUGUAUCAGGAAACUUGUACCCCUGCCACAAAAAAGUUUAGGUGCAUGAUAGGGCCUAUGAAAAGUUUUUAAGUAUAUUGGGAUUAUAAGUAACCUAUCUUUACUUUGCAAGCCACCUCAUUGUUUAGAUUUGGAUUCUAUGCACUGUGAUAAUAAAACUAGCAACAUGAGUUGAAACAUGCUUAGCUAAUAAGAUCAUUGCAUAUUUCCUGAACUGUCAGUGUUUUGACACGGAAGACUUUUUCAAGUUAUAUCUGCAGAGAGAUACAUACUCUGUUUCCCUAUGGUGAAUUUGAUACAUUUUGUGUGUGAGAUAUUUCUGAAGCAAGAUAUGAGUAAAAUAGGGUAGGAGUGAUUUAAUCAAGGCAAACUUCAUUCUGGAAAUGGGAACAGAUGGCAGUGAUACAACUGAAUUUGCUGCAGUCCAUGAUUGGGCUUGUUAAUAUGUUGCUAGAGCUGUUUUCCAAGUAAAUUGCACACGGUUACUUCCUACUAGCCUUCAGCAUGAGCCCUGUUGCCUACACAAUAUUUCAUUUAUUUAUAUGUUUUGAAUUUUUUUUUUGAGUUCACUCUUUCCUUUGUGUUGUAUGUCAUAUUUGAAUGUUGCAAAACUAUUUUCACUGAAAAACUGUCAGAAGAUAUUUUCUUGUAAAUUAUUUCUUUACCUUGUAAACAUUAUCUUGUCUUUUAAUCCUGUACUAUAAAGGAAGAAAUACAUUUUGGACAGAGAUGAACUGUUUUGACAAAAAAGUGUGGAUCUUUUUAUUUAAGUUUAGACAAAAAUAUAUUUUUCUUACCUUCCUUGUCCCAUACAGCCAUAGCAAUUUUUCCAGGUUUUUUCUUCAAAGAUCUGACUACAACCAGAUUUACCUUUUUAUAUAGAAAAACAAUUGUUAAACAACAGUGAAUUGUUCUCCACCUCUAUGUAAUUUUAUGAUAUUUCAUCCAGGCUGUCUUUUUAGGAAGCACUGAUGUCUCUUUUAUAAACUUACUACCUUUACACAUAUGCAAACUUUCUAUUUCAAUGCUCUUUUAAUGUUGCCUUAUUGUUGCACUAAAAAAAUCAAAUCUAGUAGUCAAUAAAUGAAUGUCUGAAUUGAGUAAAACUCUUACUUGAUUUUUAAAGUAAGAAUCAGAUCAGUUAAGUUAAAAAAAAAUUGCCAGGAUUGGCUGAAGAUAUUCUAGUUCUAGUGUUUUUUUACUACUGUAUCAUACCUUGCAAAUUUUAUAGAUAUGUACAUACUACUGUAUCUUCUCUAAAACAAAUAUAGUUGCUCAACUCAGGGGUGGGUACAAAUCAAAUGGAAGUAAAGAAGUGUUCUCUAUGGGCACUGAAUUAUGAACUAUAAAUCAAUCUGGUAGAGCUGUUUUAAACAAGGAACUGUUAUCUUUUCUAUUUUGAAGGAAUCUUUAUUAGCCUCUUAAACGUUAAAAGAAGCUGUGGAUAUGAACUUGUGUAUGCAUGUUUUGCAGUCCUCCUUAAUAAAAUGAAAAGUAUCACUUUUCAAUUUCUGUUCAAGCCAAAAAUAAUAUGGAGAGAUUGGAAUAAAUCCAAUCCCUUUAUGAUUUUCUUCUAGCCUACAUUUUCACUUGUACGUUAAACCAUAAAAAUCCAUUUAGAGCUGUUUGCAAAAUGAUAGUAUGCAUGAGCAGUAACCACUGAAUAUUUAAUCGGUAUCUUCAUAUUUGCAUAACUUUUCACUUGAUGUAUGUUUUAAACUCUGUAUUUUCUUCAGCAGAUUUACAUAAUUAAUUGUCUACUGUUCUCUAAUCCCCAGUGAAGGAAUACCUUCAUAUGUCUGAAAGAAUGGAUUUGUUUGUCCAUUUUGUAAGACUAAUGUAAUUGUUCCCAUACAAUGGAUUAUGGUAAACUAUAAUGAUUUAAAGAUAUUUAUGUACAGUUGGGGGGGAAAUCCAUGCAUUAGUUUUGAUUCACGUAUAUAAAUAUCACAGAAUGGAUUAAAUAGAAAUUACCAAGCAAA